AUGGCGGAGUCGGAGGACGUGAAGGUACUUGGCGCGUGGCCGAGCCCCUUCGUGAUGAGGGCGAGGAUCGCCCUCAACCUGAAGAAGGUGGACUACGAGUUCAUCGCGGAGACGAUGCACCCCAAGAGCGAGCUCCUGCUCAAAUCUAACCCCGUAUACAAGAAGAUACCCGUCCUGUUUCACAAAGGAAAUCCUAUCUGCGAGUCCCUCAUCAUUGUGCAGUACAUCGACGAGACAUGGACCUCCGUCCACCCCAUACUCCCUGCCGAUCCUUACGAUCGGGCCAUCGCACGCUUCUGGGCGGUCUACAUCGACGACAAGGUAAAUUGAGACCACCACUGUCUCGAUCUGACGCCGAUCCCUAAUUCACGACGUGAUGAGUUCCUCCCGUCUCGGUUCUGAUUUUGAUUUUCGACUCCUACAGUGGAACCCGCGGAUGAGGGAGUACAACAUGGCGAACACAGACGAAGAGCGUGCGGCCGUGGCGGAGCAGAUCUUCGCCGGGGCCAAGCUGCUGGAGGAGGCCUUCCAGACUUGUGGCAAGGGGGGGAAGUGGUUCGGCGGCGACGCCGUGGGGUACGUGGAUAUCGUCCUGGGGAGCUGGUUGGGGUGGAUCCGGGUAACCGAGAAGAUGUCCGGCUUGAAGAUCCUGGACGGAGACAAGUUCCCUCAGCUGGCGGCGUGGGCUGACCGGGUCUGCGCCGAGGAGGCUGUGAAGAGCGUGAUGCCGGAGAUCAACAAGAUGUUGGAGUUCGGCGCGACGAUGAUGGCGAGGUUGAAGGCCGCCUCAUCCGCCAAGUAG